ACCAAACACCGGUCACUCCAAAGCACUGGUUCUACCUGCUAACACCACCACAAUUGUAGCUAUAAAGAUGUAGAAUAACAUAUAAUUUACAUAUAAACUGACAGUCUUUCAGUCAACAUUUUUGGUCAAAUUGUGGCUCUCCUGUGAACACUGAAAUACUGAGGACAAAUCAGUGGAAGCGAAGCGGUUUCAUGCUGCAGAUGGCAGUCUCGGGUUGUUUUGCGCGCAGCUGGUGUUUGUCCCUACCGAGGUUCCGUAGUUAAGAGCAUGGCGCGGUUUCUGGAGCACAGCUGAAGUGAAGUCCGAUCGAUGUGAGAACCAUGUGCUCCCUCGCGCUCUUCCCGCCGCCGCUGCUCAGCGGACAGGUUACUUUAUAUGAGGCAAAUAAUGAGCUCGUGUGGGGGAAUUGGACCGAGUGCUGCGAGAAACAGCACUGGACACCUCCUAGCCUUCAUUUUUCAAGGGAGACGCUGAAACCACACAGUCGCCCAGAGAGCAGCAGCAAAGCAGCCUUCCUGGAUCACAGAGAUACUUUGUGGAUGAGAAGUGCUGGAGCCUGGCAUGAUGCUGGGCUUACUGGGCUAUUAGAUGAAAUUACUAACAGUUCUGAAGAAGUACCCAAGUGGCUGACGUUGAGUUCCGGAUGUGUUUUGGCUCUUCUGCGAUGGAUGUCUUCAUUCCAUUGUUCUCUGUUUCCACAUCUGACGUUAAGUGGUGAGGAUAUGGUCGCUGAAUUUUCACAAGUAUUGAGUUGGUCUGAUAGCGCUGUCCGAAGCUUUGCAUGGCAUCCUCAUACAGACAAGUUUGCAGUAGCCCUCCUGGAUGACUCCAUUAAGAUCUACAACUCUCGGAGUGCAAUAACUCCGACCCUGAAGCACAGACUGCAGAGGAGUGUGAGUGCUAUGCAGUGGAAGCCUCUGUGUGCAUCUACACUGGCCGUGGCCUGCCACACCUGCCUACUAAUUUGGCAUGUGGACCCGAACUCGCUCUCUACACGGCCCUCUUCUGGUUGUGCUCAGGUAUUAUCUCAUCCUGGUCACUCUCCAGUUACUUCCAUUGCUUGGUCCCCUUCUGGUUCUCUACUAGUAUCUGCCUCUCCUGUUGACACAGCCAUGAUGGUAUGGAAUGUGGCUGCAGAAAUCUGUGUUCCUCUGCAGCGUGUAGGAGGUGGAGGAGUCACAAAUCUGUCAUGGUCGCCAGAUGGCAGCCGACUGUUGGCGGCCACUCCAUCUGCUCUGUUCAGGGUAUGGGAGACAAAGAUGUGGACGUGUGAAAGGUGGCCUUGUCUCAAAGGCCGCUGUCAGUCAGGGUGCUGGAGUCCGGAUGGAAGUAGAUUGUUGUUCUGCGUCCAGGGAGAAACGGUGAUCUACGCGCUUACUUUUUCAGACGUGGCAGGAGGACCUAAGUCUGCUGCAGUGGUGGCUAAUCUCUCUGUGACUACUUUCAGUGGGCCUGACGGUGACCUAAUAGUUGGGGGAGAGGUUCAGUCUCUUGCCUGGGAUCCCACCGGAGAGAGGCUGGCUGUGCUUCUGAAAGGAAAUGCAGAAUCCUCCAAUCAUUCUGCCAUCAUUGCUGUAUUUAAAACACGCUCCAGCCCCGUCUUUGAGUUACUUCCAUGCGGUUUUGUGAAAGGCGAGGCCGGAGCAGAGCCAAGACUGAUGCAGUUCCAGCCUCACUUUCAGCAUGGUGCCUUGCUCACUGUGUGCUGGUCAAAUGGCCGAAUCUCUCAUAUGCCUUUCUACUUUGUUGGUGUGGGGAAGCCGUGUUCAACUGGAAGCCCUCCACUUCCCCACUUCACCAGCAAGAUAGAAGAUUACAUUACACACGCACUCUACACAGAACAAAUGUCCUGAACACCUUUGUGUGUUUCAUCCUCAACCAGUGCUACUUGCUUUACAUACUUACAUUUUUCAAAAAAAACCUUACAAUUACAGUACAUGUUGCAUAAAAUAAUAAAAUGUAGAUUUUCUCAUUCCAUUGUACUGUUUGACAGAUUUUUCAUUAGAAAUUGUUUUUUAGGAUUUCCCAAAACAUUUUAUUCUUUUAACAUAUUUUUUCAUUUUCAAUCCGAAGUUAACAUCAGUGUAUUAGAUAGCUGAAGUAGCCAAUAAUUUCAGCUACAGUUAUCAAAUAAAUCAGCCGUAUAGGUCACUUUAUACAGGAGGUUUUAUAUAAAUGGUUUGUCUGUAGCCCAUCUGAAGCUAUGCACAAUCUUCAGCAUCCAUCAUUAGAAAGCGUCCACUGAACAGGUAUUUGAAUUUUUACUGUAGUUUUUUUUUUUUUUUAAACAAAUGUAGAAAUGUUUAAUACUAGUGAAUUAAUUAAUGUAAUUUUAACAAUGUUGGAUGUUUAAAUGACUCCUUUUUGACAUGUAAAGUUCACCUACAAUUAAUAACCUGAUUCAGCCAUGGUACCAUUUUUGCUUCUGGUUACAAAGUUCACCUGUAGUUGCAUGUUUUAAGCUUUGAUAGUAGAGUAAGGCAAAAACAAAAGUCUAAUCACAUAUUGUAUUUUUGUAAAGUACUGAGAAUGAGUAAGGUGCGCUGUACUGCUGGCUGAUUCCUCUGUUACUAAUGUACCUAAAGAAGAAGCACUACGAUGACUUGCAGAAAAACCUCCAGACACAUGGAGCACUUUCCACAAGAUAAUGGCCUGAAAUCUACAGCAGCCAAGUAAUCAUGGAUAGGAAGAUUCUGUGGUGAUUUAGUUAAGAUUAGGCUAUUUGUGUGAUCAGCAUCAUAUUAUUAU